GGCAAACGCAAAUGGUGCUCCUUUGGAUAGUAAUCGCAACCCGCAGGCAACUCCCAUUGUUGCACCACCAAAUGCUGUGUCUGCAGUGCCACCCACCACCAAUACUACUACUACAAGUGCUAGCACAGCAAUAGAAAGGACAGCUGAGAAACAGAAGAAGAAAAAGAUGAGCGAUGAAGAAAUUUUAGAGCGUUUAAGAGCUAUAGUGUCUGUAGGCGAUCCAAACAGAAAAUACACGAAAAUGGAGAAAAUCGGACAGGGGGCUUCUGGUACCGUUUAUACUGCAAUAGAAACAGCGACAGGAGUGGAGGUAGCCAUUAAGCAGAUGAAUCUAUCUCAGCAACCUAAAAAGGAACUAAUAAUAAAUGAAAUUAUGGUCAUGCGUGAAAACAAGCAUCCCAAUGUCGUUAACUACUUGGACUCCUAUCUUGUGAGCGAGGAACUUUGGGUGAGUGUUAUGGAGUACCUCCCUGGAGGGUUUCCUUUAAAAGAUGUCGUCACAGAAACUUGUAUGGAUGAGGGUCAGAUUGCAGCUGUCUGUAGGGAGGUUCUACAAGCUUUGGAGUUCCUGCACGUUAAUCGAGUCAUACAUCGAGACAUUAAAUCAGAUAAUAUUCUAUUAGGCAUGGAUGGAAGUGUCAAGCUCACUGACUUUGGUUUUUGUGCACAAAUAUCACCGGAGCAAAACAAAAGGACAACUAUGGUUGGGACACCAUACUGGAUGGCCCCUGAGGUGGUGACGCGAAAACAGUACGGACCAAAAGUUGAUAUAUGGUCGCUUGGAAUUAUGGCUAUUGAAAUGAUUGAAGGUAUAGAACCACCAUACUUGAAUGAAACCUCCCUGAGAGCUCUGUACCUGAUAGUGCACGAUGGUACGCCCGAAAUCACGGAACGGGAAAAGUUGUCUCACGAUUUCAGGAUUUCCUUGACUCAAUGCCUAGAAGUUGAAGUUGAAAGGUCGAUCUGCUAUCAUUUCCUAAAGCAUCCAUUUUUAAAGCUAGCAAGACCUCUCUCAAGCCUCCACCCUCUCAUUGUGGCAGCCAAAGAAGCCGCCAAGAGCCAUUAGUGACGAUUCUCAACUAGCAGUGUUAUUGUGUUGCAGUCCUCCUAGUGCCCAUUGAUACCCUGUUUGCAUAGUUAUUUGCUGGCAGCUAGAAGAAAGCAAUCGAGCGU